ACGACCACGACGCACUCACAUAAGCGAAACCUCGAACCUGAAGGCUAUCCGCCGCUCCACGCAAAAUUGCCGGAGCAGCAGCCGACGACGGCGACAGCACAGAGCCCCGGUGUACUCGUCGUCGCAAGAAUGGCCAAGAGUGGCAUCCAGUACGCCGUGGUGGACGCCUUCACGGCGGAGCCGUUCAAGGGCAACCCGGCCGCGGUCUGCCUCCUCCAGGACGCCGCCAAGGCCGCGGACGAGCGGUGGAUGCAGUCCGUCGCCGCCGAGUUCAACCUCUCCGAGACCGCCUUCCUGCUCCGGGACUCCUCCCCCGCCGCCGCCGCCGCCCCGCGGUUCCAGCUCCGAUGGUUCACUCCCGUCGCCGAGGUCAAGCUCUGCGGCCACGCGACGCUGGCCUCCGCCCACUUCCUCUUCACAUCCGUUCUCGCGGAGCACGAGACGCUCGUCGAAUUCGCGACCAAAUCGGGGAUUCUCACCGCCAAAAAGGUCGCUGCACCGGCGAGUGCGGUGGCCUCAGGGGAAGGGAAGCUGUUCAUCGAGCUGGAUUUCCCCAUGAUUGACCUUGUCGAUUGCCAUCCGGCCGAGCUGCCGUCCAUCCCCGAGACCCUGAACGGAGCCUCUGUUGUCAGCGUCCACAAAUCGGCGACAGCUGGUGACCUCAUUGUGGAGCUUUCAUCAGGAAAAGAGGUUGCCGAUAUCAUUCCUAACAUUCAUGAGAUUGAAAAAUGUUCUGGCAGAGGAGUUAUUGUUACGGGGCCAGCACCUGCUGGAUCUGGCUUUGACUUCUUCACACGUUUCUUCUGCCCAAAAUUUGGGGUAGAUGAGGAUCCCGUUUGUGGCAGCGCACAUUGUGUUUUAGCACCCUACUGGGGUGGGAAGCUGGGGAAACAAAGACUGACAGCAUUUCAAGCAUCUCCACGGAGCGGAAUAUUACACUUGGAGUUGGAACCUGCAAGCAGUAGAGUGCGAAUUCAGGGGGAAGCUGUUACAGUGAUGACUGGUACCCUCCUAGGCUCCGAGCGUAACAGUUCCCCAUGCUUUGAGGGUUGAAGGGCAGCGGUUGGUGAACUUGCCGGCAAUUCUGUUUGUUACAACAGGCUUCCUCACCAUUAUUAAUUUAUGGAAACAAAAAGAUCCUGAACUUUUCUGGAGCAUCAAAAUAAAUUUGCAGUGAAAGCAUGAUGGCAUAAAACACCAUGUCAUUUUGGUUUGUCAUUUCUAAAGAUCCUAGACCAAGAAUGGCUUUUAUUAAGAAGAAUUAUUUGCCAUUUCUCAA